GAGAGAGCGAAAGAGGUGCCUGUGUGUUUGUUUCACCUCCUAAUCAGUUUUCCUUGGGGAUAUAUCAUCCACUGCAGCAGAGGAGAAGGUAGUGAAGCAGAAACAGAAGAUAGAACAAUUCAGCCCCGGCGAAAAUCUGCUUCCAUCAGGAAUUUGAGCCUCACACAAGUGACAGAAAUGGACGCCCCUCUCGCCACCCCAUGCAACAUCCAGAUUUGCGAGGUCACCUGUGACUCCUUCCGCAUCAUGUGGGACAUGACCUCGGAGGACACUGCCCGAGCCACGCACUUCUUCAUCGACCUGAGCCGCAAAGAGAGCAGGGACCCCAACCGCUUCAAACACAGGGAUGUGCCAACCAAGCUCGUGGCCAAGGCCGUUCCUCUCCCCAUGGCAGUGAGGGGACACUGGUUCCUCAGCCCUCGGACAGAGUACUGCGUUGCUGUUCAAACGGCUGUCCGACAGCCAGACGGUGACUACCUGGUGUCAGAGUGGAGCCAGGUGGUGGAGUUCUGCACUGGAGACUAUGCCAUGGAACACCUACAGCAGCUUCUUGACAAGGCAAAAGGCUCCGCAGGGAGGCUGCUGAAAUUCUCCGUGUUUUAUCGCAACCAGCACACAGAAUACUUUGACCACGUCAGGAGGGAAUGUGGGGGACUGAUGCGUCCAGCUCUGAAAGACAACAGUGGCAGUCACGGUUCUCCCAUUAAUGCCAAACUACAGGGAGUCUUCUUCAGCUGCAACACUGAGUUUGACACAGGUCUACCUCCCAAAGACUCCCCUUAUGGCCCGCUGCGUUACCAGGUCCCAGCUGGACACCUGCUGAACCCUGACAUCUGUCUGUACUUUGCAGACUUCUACUGUAUGUACACAGCCUACCACUAUGUGGUGUUGGUGCUAGCCCCUGUCGGCUCAGAGGGAGAUACCUUCUGUCGCACCCGCCUCCCCAUGCUGGACUUGGCUGCCAACCCCUUCCUGACAUACACUGCCCCCCAGAGGGAAGGGGAAGAGCCUCUGUUCUGCCACUCCAGCGAUGUCAUCCUCGAGGUGCUUUUCACAGAGCCGGUUCAUUUGGAUCAGGGCAGCGUGGAGCAGAUCAGGGGACAUCACCAGCUGAUGAGUCUGACCACAGCCAAUGCCAAGAAAGACCCAAGCUGCAAAGUGUGCAACAUUAGCGUGGGACGCUGAGGAGGAUGUGAGACGGAGCUGGGAGUGUGUGAGCCUACAAUGCUGAAAGACAGAGUUCUGCACAGGACGAAACAGUAGAGUUCAUUGUGUGUAGGUUAGAAAGCAGAGGAAACAGCCCACCUCUCGGGGUGUGUGCAUGCUGCUUUGCUUCUUCCCUCCUACCUGGAUUAGAAUAGUGAGUAACUUCCAGUGUGUUGGAAGCAGGAAUGUUUCAUAAUCACAGAUGGAAAUAGAAAAAACUUCCACCCGUGACUGCUGAACAAAACAUAAUUGAAAAACUACACUAAACAUGAUAGGCUUCAGAAUAAUGGAAAAUCUGUGAUCCUUGUUUGUGAGAGUCAUCUGUCCUCUCUGGUGUUUUUAUGGCAUUUCCUACCUUUCUUUGACAUUUUCUUUCCCUCUUCGAUUUAAUUUCCCCCAAUGCUUGAUGACUAGUUUCAUGAAUUUAUUUUUAAGUUUGAUACAGCCCACAAGUUCAAAUGCACAAAGUGGGCCCCUUUUAUAAGAAAAUGGCUUUAAAUAUAGAAAUCAUAAAAAACAUCUGACUACUGCUGCUUCUUGUGAUGCUCAGUGAAGUCACUGCCAGUCUUUAAAAAAGCCUUAUAGUCAAAUAUCUAAACAUUAUGUACUUGAAUCCUUCAUUCAAAGGUAAUCAAAGAGUUAAAAUUGAUGAAUUAACUGUUCCUCUGCCCUGCAAUUUGCUGGCAACCUGUCCAAGGUGUGCGCCCCCUCUCCCCCAGUCAGCUGGGAUUGGCCCCAGCUCCCAUCACGACCAGCAAAAGAUAACAGAUUAAAAUAAUGGAUUGAUGGAUUGUAAUCCUUAAAGACACUGUCGGAUCUAUGUGGCGAAGCAGUGACAAGCUUGAUGCAGCUGUCUUUACAAGUUACAGCUCUAAAUGGACUUGUACUAAUUGCUUUAAACAAUGCAGUAAAAUUGUCAAAAAAGAGCCCAAUGUCUAAAUGUUGCAAAGCUACAGUAAAAGUAGGGUGAUUCAUUGUGUUGGAGUUUUGCACACCAUGGAGGAAGAUAAUGACGAUGCCAACACAGUGAGCCCUGCCAUCAGUCUCUGACAGUAAGCCUCGGCUCUAUAAACAGGACCGAGCUAAGAUUAGCUUCUCUCGUGUUUCUGUUUGUCGGUCCACAUGACCUAUGUGGGAAUCCCAGCAUCCCAAACAUGUGAAAAGGGAU